UAGAAAUAAUUGAUAUAAUAUGGCUAAGGCUAAGGAAGUAGUCGCUUCUAAUACACCUGGGUCUACUGAUCCUAAAAAGAAGUUAAGACCUAGCAAAGUCAAGAGUUUGGCUAAACAUCAAGAGAAAAAAAAGGCUAAAGCAGCAAAAGGUGUCGUACAAAAGAAAACUAAACCAAAUUUAGCUAGUGGCACUGCUACAUGGAAAGUAGUGUACAAAAGUGGAACUUGGCGUUUUGUUCACCGCCCAACUGAAAAAAAAUUGCAUGCCAAAGCAAGAGCUGCUGGAAAGCCAAUUGAAACACCAAAAAAGAAAAAAUCUGUUAUUGUUAAGCCAAUCAAGGGUGAAAAGAAUGGUGAAACUCGCUUAGU